GAAAAAUCCCAGUAAAAGCAUUAAUCGAUACAACAUCUAAAUCCAAUACUAUUAGCAGGCGCUUGUAUAAUAAGCUUGAGUCUGAUCACGGAUUAGAAGGUCUACUCGAUAAAGAUAUAAUAGGCGAAGAAAUAAAAGGCCUAGAUUUACAAUUCCAUUAUAAAGGAAAGUGGCAGGGCUUAGGUAAUACUGAAGUAAUAGACUUCCAAAUUCGCAAAAAUCCAUCGUUUGAUCUGGUGCUGGGACAAGACUGGUUAUGGAUGCGUGAAGCAAAAAUAAGCUUUGAAUAUUCCCCCAAAACUUAUACCUGUCAUGCUAGAAUUGUAAUAGAUGGUAUGAGUAUCCUAUUAAUUAAAGAAAAUAAGACCAGCUCCGUUAAAAAUAACUUAUCUAAUUCAACGGAGUCUAAAUAUGGUCUAACUUCAGAGGAGGUCGCGAAUACAAUCAAGAAAAUUCUCUCAGGUGCCCAAUAUAUUAAACACCAAAAGAGCCAUCACGGAAUAUUUCACAAUAUACCUCCCGUACUUCCAACACCCAGAAGAUUAAAUGAUGAUGUUUCCAAAAAUAGCGGAGCUGGUAAGAUUAAGAAAUAUCCCAAGAUAGAUUUAGGCGAUGGAUAUGGAAAUCUUUCAAUCAAAACGUACCUCAAUAAUAUUUAG